AGCAUUUUCACAUUUGUUUCGGAGAUCGAAAUCGCAACUCUGGACUGACGCUUCAGAAUCGCCUUGCUGUUUCCGUUUCGCUCCUUAAGAAAAUCCUGUAAUGGAGCAGAAAUUGUCGGAGUUCAGAGCCCGUAAGAAAGCGGAAGCAGCAUCGAAAUGUGCAGGAGGGACGGCGGCCCAGCCGGAGACCGCACCGGAGCUGUCGGUGACAACGGGGAAACUGGACGGGGAAGAACAAACCGAAAGAAGAUCUUCGGUGACAGCCACAGCCGUUCGGGUGCCGAUGGACUGGCUGCUGCGCAGCGCGCUGGGCCGCAGAAUGGCCGUGACGAACGUGACCCUGUUAAAGGUGCUGCUCUGGCUCGUCCUGCUUGGACUCUUUUCUGAGCUUGACUUCGGCUUGCCCUUCUUCCUCAUCUCCCUUUUCUACUGGCUGUACGAGGGGCUUCGCAGCCCUGCGGCCCGCCAACCCGGACAACUGAGCGCCUACUCCGUGUUCAACCCGGACUGCCAGCCUCUGCUGGGCACCCUCACUGCUCAACAGCUGGAAGGAGAGAUGGGUUACCGCCCGCUCGGGGACACGUAGCCGGGGGAGGACGGCACCUGCCGCUCGCCACAGACUCAAUUCCCGAAAGAUCUUCUUUUGACCGAGUCAUUUUCUAUGAGAAACUUACUUAAACUUGCUUGACAUUAAAUAUUUAUAUUGGUUUAUAUUCUGUAUAUAAAGUGCAAAACAAAGUUAUAAAACAAGGAAAGGUGAGCAUUGUAUUUAAAAUUCUCCUGCAGUUAAGAAGACAUCUGUUAAGAAGCUCUAUAGCGUUUUUAUCUAUAUUUUUAUCUCACAUGUGAGUCAGGGAAACUGAUUGGUGCAGAUGCCUUUACUGUAUUUCCAAGGAAAUGUGUCAGUUCAGCAGAAGAAAGUUAACUGAGUCUAUUUUACAGACUGACAAAGUACAGGUUACGCAGGGUGGCACCUGCUGGCAGAGGUUGGUUAUAAUCCACCUAAAAUCCAUAGCAAAUUUCACACACUGCACAUUGGAGGCACUGUUGUCUCACACAGUCCAAUAACUCACGCCCUGUUAAGGGCUGUCAUCCCUUCCAGUGUGUUCCCUGGCCCCAUUUCUUCUGCAGGCUGUGAUCGGCUUCUGGCACCCUCGCAGUCUUGUACUAGAUACAUAUUCGGAAGGUGGAUGAACAGCCUAUUGUUCUCAUUUACCAAUUUCACACUUGGGGGCAGGAUGUGGCUCCGUGGGCUAAGCCUGUGUGCCUGUAAUCAGAAGGUCACAGGUUCAGGUCCUUGAGUAAGACCCUUAACACCCAGCUCCCUGGGCGCCGCUACGGGUGGCAGCCCUUCGCAAAAGAAACUUACUCUAUGAAAAAAGAGCAAGUUGAGGGAGGCGUAAAGACAAUUUCCCUACGGGGAUCAAUAAAGUAUCAAUUAUUAUUAUUAUGUAUUUUAUGUUUGUCUUCAUUCAUGAAGUAAAAUAGCCGUGUUAACAAGACAGGGUAACAUAUUAUAGUGAGGAAUGCUGCAAGAUAGUGUAAACAUCACUUGAUGUCACACGGCAGGGCGACGCCAUGUCAUGUCCAGUUUUCAGGUGGUGGCCGGGGGCACAGACGCCCUUCAGCCAUGCAGGUUAUAUCGGUGCACUGGGGCUUCUUUUAAAUGGUACAGAUGUAGAGAUUCUGGUCUUUGGGUACCACUGGUAGAACCCUGCCCAGGAACACAAAUAUUGUACACAAAUACUCCUUCCUGGAUGUACAAAUUAGUGUCCUCAGUAGCAGCACCAGUGAAAACCUGGUCAGUAUUAAAUAAUUACAGUUAAAUCAUGGAUUUAGAUGGAACAUUCAGUGCUUUGUGUUCCUUGUCUAAAGUCCAGCUUUUUUGAUUUCUGGUAAGAAUCCUGCCCCGUCAAGUGGAAAGUGAAACAGUGGACACUGAUUAUGUGUCCAUGUAUUUGAAGAAUACAUAUUAACUUUUGGAAAAAAAAAAAAUACAAAUACAAAAAAAAAAUGUUAAAUUCCUGUGGAACUGUGCCAGUCCUUUGCACAGCUCUGAAGCGAAAUCCCGGUAUAGGUGACUCCAGAGAAUGAUGUAGCAACUGGAAUUAAAUUCUAAUAAAUUCAUAUACAUACAGUG